AGGGGAGACACAGCUGGGAUGGUUUGUAUUUGGGCUUUGGCAGAGUUUGACCCUGUUACAUGUUGCCUGGUCACCAAACAUCCAGGCUAUUUGCUGGAUGGUCCUGACAAGAAAGAGUGCUUGGUAAGAGCCAGUAUUGAGUUGUGUGGCUUGCAGGCUGCAGGAGUGUUGAGGAGAGGAGGGCUAGGAGAUACAGGCAGUUUCUGAGUGUCAGGUUGAGCUGCACCUCCUGGCAUACAAGGAGAGAGGAAGGUCCAGGAGAGUGCAACCAGCAUGACUUCCCUCAGCACCAGUGGAUGAAGGGAGAGGUAACUUUGGUCGAGCACAGGGAGCUUUCCCUAGUGCGUGCAUGACCUCAGACAAGCCAUUUGCUGUGGAGAUGUCAAGUGCAAGGAUGGGACUGUCAGCACUGGCAUGAGGAUGGCCAUGGGAAUGAAGCAUCAGCAUCAGUCCUGUUUCGGCAUAAAAGUGAGAUUGUUGAGACACCUCUAAGAUGUCUUACAGAAAGGAGCUAGAAAAAUACCGAGACCUGGAUGAAGACAAGAUUCUUGGAGCUCUGACAGAGGAGGAGCUCAGGAAGUUAGAGAAUGAACUGGAAGAGCUGGAUCCUGACAACGCAUUGCUGCCAGCAGGACUCAGGCAGCGGGAUCAGACACAAAAGCCGCCAACUGGCCCUUUCAAAAGGGAGGAGCUCAUGGCCCACCUAGAAAAGCAGGCGAAGGACGUUAAAGACAGAGAAGACCUGGUCCCUUUCACAGGUGAAAAGAGAGGAAAAGCUUGGAUCCCCAAGCAGAAGCCAAUGGAUCCUGUUUUGGAAAGUGUGACUCUGGAGCCGGAACUGGAGGAAGCCCUUGCUAAUGCAUCUGAUGCAGAGCUCUGUGACAUUGCUGCCAUCCUUGGCAUGCACACCUUGAUGAGUAACCAGCAGUACUAUGAGGCACUGGGAAGCAGCACUAUUGUGAACAAAGAAGGGCUCAACAGUGUGAUUAAGCCCACACAGUACAAACCUGUUCCUGAUGAGGAACCGAACUCAACGGAUGUGGAGGAAACUCUGAAACGAAUACAAAGCAAUGAUCCGGACCUCGAGGAAGUCAACCUUAACAAUAUUAUGAAUAUUCCCAUACCAACUUUAAAGGCUUUUGCAGAAGCGCUGAAAAAUAACACCUACGUGAAGAAGUUCAGUAUAGUUGGGACACGGAGCAAUGAUCCUGUUGCUUUCGCACUGGCAGAAAUGCUGAAGGUCAAUAACACACUGAAGAGCCUGAAUGUGGAAUCAAACUUCAUUUCUGGGUCAGGGAUCCUGGCUGUUGUCGAAGCACUUCAGGGCAACACAUCACUCAUAGAGCUGCGCAUCGACAACCAGAGUCAGCCCUUGGGCAACAAAGUAGAAAUGGAAAUCGCAAGCAUGUUGGAAAAAAACACCUCGCUGCUGAAGUUUGGGUACCAUUUCACUCAGCAAGGUCCCCGGCUCCGUGCCUCCAAUGCCAUGAUGAAUAACAAUGACCUAGUGAGGAAGAGAAGACUUGCAGAGUUGAACGGGCCUAUUUUUCCCAAGUGCAGAACUGGAGUGUAGUUCUUGACUGUGGAGGUCAUUCCCGGUGAUCUGUGCUACACUGUGGAAAUCUAAGGCAAUAAGUGCCUUGACAGAGUAUUUGUGGUGCCUCGGUUCUGUUUUAUGCACUAACAGUUUAAAUUAACUAGUGGCUGUAGUUGAAGAUUUUAUCCAGUAGGACUGUUGAUGUUUUCUGUAGAGUUGGAAACUAUUCAAGCCAAUUUCACGCAAUCUCAGUUUAGAGUACAUCCCAGUGUAAAAGUGACUCUUAAUUAACCUGGGACCUAAUUUUUCUAUAAACUUCCUGCACGGUGUUUCAUACAGUUAGGAUGUGGUAUGCAUGAGUGAAAGAUACAACUGUUCCACACAAAUUAUAGAAGUAUUAAAAAAAUACUUUAUUUUUUUUUUUUUUUCCAAAUUGAUCUCAAGUAACUGCAGAGGAGCAACUAGUUUAACAAGCACUUCUACUAUCUGGAAACAUGGCUAAUUUCAAGAAUUGUGAAUCACAAUUUUUUACCAACAUUUGCUGAGUCAGUUUGUGGAGAUGCUGUUUCAAAUGCAUCCCUGUGUUUCUCAGAAAAAAAUUGAUCUCUGCCCCCUGAUUAAAUGGAACUUAAGGCCACCAAUUAUAAAACAGUCUCAAAAGUUGAGCGGUUUAAGGUGGAUUAACGUCUUUCUAUGCUGUGCAUGUCUGAAGAAAACCAUCACCUUCAGAGAUGUGAUGCAAAUCCUAACCCCACAGAGAUGGCCAAACUAAUCAGCAAACCAGAGCCCUCUCCUCUAAUCCCCACUCCCUUCAGUUUCCUAAUGUUAAAAGCGUGUGUCCAGAUAGCCACUGGAAACAAGUCAAAUUCUCUCUCUUUGCUGUUUUGUCUAGAUGACCAUGUCCAUUAAUUAAAUUUUGUUCUGCGA